AUGCGUAGUUUUUCCACACAAAGGUUGGCCUUCGACAGCCAUUUUCAAAACAUUGCAAAUGCAAUUUCAGUGGAGAAAUCCAGCAGUGUUUUGGUAAAAGAUUUUGAAUUAAUACGCGUUUAUCUAAUGGAAAUAUUACGAAAUGAUCCAAUAAUUGGUCCCUUGCUCGUGAGCUUAAGGUAUAAAGCUAGCGCUUUCGAUUAUUCAAUAAUAUUGGAUUUUUCGAAGUUCAUGCCUCUUGGUGUGAUACGCACGAAGUAUCCAUCGUUUAUCAAGAUUGCGCAACGCGGACGCUGCAGCGUAUUUGGCACGCAGGAUUUGCCAUUCUUCAGCAACGGCGAGUACGUUGCUGGCGGUAUUGUAACCAAUAUUGUGAAAGGAUUAAUAGCGCAGGGCUUAGAUUUGGGUGGCUAUUUUGUACGUGGACAUAUGGGCGAUAUUUACGAAUUGGAAUUGAUCGAGGAAACGAUAAACUUAGAUUACAGAGUAAACUUAGGUUGUAAUAAUGAAUGGCAAAGUAACUAUAUUUCGCUUAGUGCUUCCACUGAAGGAAUAACCAUAAAAAUUCGUUUUCGAGUUUUAUUAAAAUUUUGUGCCCCCGACAAACCCAACGAUUUGACGCCAUACCCGAUGCAUAAUUUAAAGCUAGUUUGGUUAGCGUCAGCAGAUGUACGUUAUUUGGAUUACUUUUCACUGUGCGCACCAAUGAGUGAAUCUCAAUUAGCAGCAUCUCCAAAACAUUUGAUGGCAAUGCGAUUAUUAUACUCAUUAAUAGAGCACAACAAGUUGCACACGUUGAGGAAAACUCAUGUGGAAUCUAUUUGCUAUGAAAUAAUUUAUACAAAGAUACAAAAAAGAUUUGGGAAAAGAGUUGCCACGGCUCUAUUGGAGAUCGUACACAAUUCUUUCACAAUUGUAGACAAAACUGCGAACGGCAAAAUUGUAGUGCAGAUGGCAGUAUUUCGACAAGAAAUAUUGGAUCAAAUACGCAGCAUGCGGCAGAACGACGAAAUAUCUUAUGAAGAAGUUGCAUGUCUUUUCGGUGUACAGCUAAAUACAGAUGUAUACAAUGUGGACGAUUUUGGAAUUUAUCGACACUUUAAUAAACCUACGUAAAGUAGUAUUUACUAUUAAUAUUUUAUUAUUUGAUAAUAUUAGGUUUUCGUUUGCUUUAAAUUAAUACUUUAUGGCGUAGCGUUUAGUAAAAUAACAUAAUCUUACAAUGCAAAUUGCUUUAUCGUAAUAUGAAAUAUAUAUUCGUUUAUGUAUGAAUAUUAAAAAA